AUGACGCACAGAAACACCCAUGCCGCUCCCUCCACCGAGUCUUUCCAUUCGAGCGCAACGACCGCCUCAGACUGCUCGACACCAAUAACCCCGACUUUCUCUGUACGAGGCCACAAUCGUUUUCCUAGCUCCACCUCUUCACUUGGCUCAAGUCCACCUAUGCACGAUCCUACCGACGCCUCAUCAAUGUCUGCCAAGCUGCCGAAGCUUACUGAAGAGCCGCUGGAGAGAGAAAACAGCUUAAUGGACGACACUGGUAUGCUAGUCGACGAAGAAAUGUGUCUAUGCGGCGAGACCUACUGCGCCCACCAAGCCUACUCCUCUGCAAACUCGCCCUCAAUUUCUAGGUCUGUACUCAGAGGUAACCACGAUUCAUUUUUCGGCGAAGAGGACGACUUCACCGCCGUCCAUGUUUCCAAACGCAGACGAUCCGAAGAUUCAACCUCGAAUGCCAUCUCUACCCGCUUAGCUUGUCGCUUUCCCUCCUUAUCGCAACGCUGGAAAGAUCGGAAACGUGUGUCUGGGCUCAGCAUAGCGACUCGAUCUUACACGCCUUCUCGUGACCCAUCAAUGGAGCGUUCUUCGUCUCAGACCAAGUCAACUCGUCCGAGUGGAGAGUCUCACCGUGCCUAUCCACUUACACCGAAUGAGAGCUUCACGGCCUUGGCAGAGGAGCCUCUUCCCACUUCCCCAGUCGACAUUGUUCACCAAGAAGUCGAGGCGGUGCAAGAUCCGAUUGACCGUGAGGCCCUUGCGUCCACCCCGCUACUCCCUCCGACGUUAAUGAAAUUGCGCGCACCGGAGAAUACACCAGUCACCUCACCCUUGCAAUCGCCCACUAUCGCUGAAUCGUCGGGACAUUUUUCUUUCGCCGCAUCUACCACCGGCACCCCUCGCAUGUCAAAUCACGCGCCUACACCACCUCUGUCAACCAAGCCGUCGUUUUCGUCAUUGGCAGCAGCGCGAUCAGGACCUACAUCAUCUAAUAGUGAAAUCACGCACUUGAACAUUGACGAAGAACCGGAUGAGUGGUGUCACAAACUGGGUCAUGCCAAUUUCACAAUCUAUCCUGAGCCUUAUGUCCCUGACAACUGCGACGCAGUCACGUGCCGUCAAUUGUUUCACGAUUGGGAACAUGCCCGCCAGAACUUCAUGAAGCAUCAGGUGCGCACAGGCGAGCACGUCGGCGUCACUUCGACUACCUACAAGCUCACAGAGCAAAAGUGGGCUCAGAUUGAUGCACGGUGGAGAUUGUAUCAUGACAUCGCAUUUUCCCGGGCAGGUGUGACAGACGAACAGAUUGCGGAGUCGUCACCCAUUGAACCCGCGCCUUUGGUGAAGCUACCUUCUCUUAACAGCAAAUUUCCUGGCAAAGGUGACGAGGAUAUCGUCGGACCAAUGGAGGUUGCGGCGCCCAUGCAACCUCGUACACCGAAAUCCAAACUCGCCAGAUUCUUCAGCGACAUCAAAGUCUCCUUUGGGAGAUCCGCAUCAUGA